GGGUACAGGCAGCCGUGAUGGAGGGGCGAGGUUACAAUGACCAAUGAUAACUGAGAGCCAAGUGUUGAACUUUGCUUUAGGAACUACCUGUCACCAUGAAUAUGCUGAUCUUCAUAGUUGCUGGUCUCCUUGUGCAUUGUGUGUUCUUGGCCUCCAUUUUUGACAUCUACUUCACCUCUCCUUUGGUUCAUGGCAUGACUCCUCAGCGUACUCCAUUGCUACCACCUGCAAAGCGACUAGUGCUUUUUGUUGCUGAUGGCUUGCGGGCAGAUACACUGUAUGAAUUAGAUGAUAAUGGUACUUCUCAAGCACCUUACCUUAGGAAUAUCAUAGAAUACAAAGGCAGCUGGGGAGUAUCUCAUACUCAUGUUCCAACAGAAUCUAGACCAGGACAUGUGGCACUGAUAGCUGGAUUUUAUGAAGAUGUCAGUGCAGUUGCUAAAGGAUGGAAGGAGAAUCCAGUGGAAUUUGAUUCAAUUUUCAAUGAAAGUAAAUAUACUUGGAGCUGGGGAAGUCCAGAUAUUUUACCUAUGUUUGCGAAAGGUGCUAGUGGGGAUCACGUUUACACAUACUGUUACACUGCAGAAAAGGAAGACUUUGGAGCACAAGAUGCAACUAAACUAGACACUUGGGUUUUUGACCAUGUUAAGAACUUCUUCCAAGCUGCCAGAAGUAAUCAAACAUUGUUCUCUAAAUUAAAUGAAGAAAAAGUAGUUCUAUUCCUGCAUUUGCUAGGGAUAGACACAAAUGGACAUGCUCAUCGGCCAAACUCCAGGGAAUACAAGGACAAUAUCAGAAAAGUUGAUGAAGGCAUAAACGACAUUGUCUCAAUGCUUGAGGAUUUUUAUGGAAAUGAUGGAAAAACUGCCUUUAUCUUAACUUCUGACCAUGGAAUGACAGAUUGGGGCUCUCAUGGGGCUGGUCAUCCUUCAGAGACUUUAACACCAUUGAUUGCUUGGGGAGCUGGAGUGAAUUAUCCACAGAAAGUCACAUCCCAGUUCUUCGAAGAUGAUUUUUUAAAAGAAUGGAAACUGGAGAAAUGGAAGAGGCUGGAUGUCAACCAG